GAAACUGGUGGGCUGUCAGUAACUUCGGUGAAAUUACAGGCACUAUUGCCAUAGAAAUGGGCAAGGGAGCCUAUGUCCAUGCUCUUGACAAUGGCUUGUUUACGCUUGGAGCUCCACACAAAGAUGAUGAAGGCCCUAGUCCUCCUGAGCAAUUUACAGCAGUAAAGCUGUCUGAUACAAGGAUUGCUCUGAAGUCUGGUUAUGGCAAAUACCUGGGUAUAAAUUCAGAUGGACUUGUUGUCGGACGUUCAGAUGCUAUAGGAUCAAGAGAGCAAUGGGAGCCUGUCUUCCAAGAUAAGAAAAUGGCAUUACUAGCAGCAAACAGCCGCUUUAUUAGAUGUAAUGAAGAAGGAGACAUAGAAGCCAAAAGUAAAACUGCAGGAGAAGAAGAAAUGAUAAAGAUUCGCAGUUGUGCUGAAAGAGAAGCUAAGAAAAAAGAUGAUUUCCCAGAAGAGGACAAAGGAAACGUUAAACAGUGUGAAAUCAAUUAUGUAAAGAAAUUCCAAAGUUUUCAAGACAAAAAACUCAAAAUAAGCAAAGAAGACACAAAAGCGCUCAGAAAAGCCAGAAAGGAAGGCACUUUUCACGAAACACUGCUUGACAGGAGAGCAAAAGUAAAAGCUGAUAGAUACUGCAAGUGACAUCCAGCUGAUCCAUCUUCUGUAUCUUUGGUGACACGGUCAAGCUAAAA